UCUUGUACAGUACUAGUAGAUUUCAGAGGCGGCGGCAAUAAGCAACUGUAAAUGGCGGGAAUCAACGAAUUCCAACAAGAAGGAGGAGAGGAGAACAAUACUAGUUCGAAGUUCGAAUGGGAUGAAAACUCUCAGCUUUAUUAUCACUCCAGCACCGGUUUUUAUUUUAAUCCACAAGAAGGCUGGUACUAUAGCAGUAGAGAUGGUCUGUAUUACAAAUUUGAAGAUGGAAAUUAUGUGCUUCUCAAUUCAGAUUUGAAUCCGGUUGAGCAGUGUAAAGCUUCCAAUAAUUAUGAAAGGACGGAUUCUGAUAAAUUUGAUGUAGAUAACCAAUGCAUGCCUGUAGAUGGUGAUAAAGAUGGAGAAGGCCUAGCUGAAAGGCUUGGAACAGUUUCUGAUGAAUGCACCACGGAUGACUUUCAGUGUGUCAACAAUCAUCUGGAAGGUCCACCUCCACCAUCAGAAUGGCUUGAAGAUACACUAAUUGAUCUUUAUUUAUCUGGGUAUCCGAACCAAGCUGCCAGCACUGCAUCUGACAUCACCAUGGAUUCAAUGACUAAUGAUAUAGAUGCCUUAGAUAUGACAGCAAGUGGACAGAAUGAUGCUUAUGAACUAGAAGAAGGUGAAUGGAUUCCAGAUGACCUUGGUUCAAUCGAUUCGAGCAGAAACAUCACUGAUGAAGGUGCCUCUUGGGAAGAAGAUAACUGGCGAGCACAGUAUGGUCAAGUCACUGAGCCUUAUGAAGAAUUGGCUCUAGAUAUCCAAAUGGUCGAUUUGUGGGAUUGGAAAAUGAUCAGAGAGACCAGAACCAGCAAAGGUGGAAAACAUUCAAUUGCCAAGUUGGUUGGAAGACUGGUAAAAAGCUCCUCCAAGCUUCAUCCAUCAGUACCAUCAGGUGGCAUCCGACUAAAGACUGCUCCAAUUCGUGAAGCUCAUCGUGAUCUCAUUCGAGUUACAUCAGGCCAGAUAUAUAGACUGAAGAGACCUAGCUCACAAUACUUGGCAUCUGUAUUGACUUACGAUUCAUCAAACCCGACAAGAGAUUGGGGAUUUCCACCACUUUCACUUAAUAGUGAAAUCCAACAACUUCCAAGGAUUGUUGGACCUGGUGCUUUUGAGGAAGCUUCUUCACCAUCAGAGCAUCCUCAUGUGCUAAAGAAGGCGAAGCAACAAUAUGCAUAUAGGGACAGGGCUGCUGAGAGAAGAACUUUACAUGGUGGUUUUGGUGUUGGUCCUGGGCAAAAGAAGGCACCAAAUGAUGCUGACUCAGCUCCAUCAUCUCCCACUUCGGCUUGUCCAGAAGAAGCUGCAGCUGAAUCCCUGAAUAUUUCGUUUGGGGCAGGCAGCUAUGCAAGGCGACUUCUGGAGAACAUGGGCUGGAAGGAGGGGGAGACACUUGGCAAAAGCACUAAGGGUCUUGUGGAGCCGUUGCAGGCAAUUGGCAACAAAGGAAAUGCAGGAUUGGGUUGGGAUGAUAGCAGAAAAAAGUUCUUGUACAGCGGAAGUGGAUGUUGAAAGAAAGGUCAUCAAGAACAGUUCCAGACCUUUUUUCUUCGGUCUUUAACUGUUAAGUUAAUAAAUUUUUAUCUCACGUCAAGUCCGGGAAGUGGAAGAUGAAAGAAAGAAAGAUCAUCAAUAUCCUAGCUCUUGACCCUUUUUUCCCCAGUGUUGUACUGUUCAGUCAAUAAAUUAUCAUCUCAUCUCAAGUUCUUGGGAAGAUACUUGAACAACUUGAAAUAUUUCAAUGUAAGGAAGAUAAAUAGAACCAGUGUUCUUGUAAUAUCUAUAUCUAGAAUUUCGAUAUUGGCUAGCUUCUAUGAUGAAUGAAUGAAAGAUAGGCCUUAAAAAUUUA